AUGUACAGUAGAGAAGGGGAGUACGUACCCUUCUCCGAACCCUGCAUCUGCCAAGGACAGGCAGAGUGCUGGCUGAGUGAACUUGAGCGGACUAUGCGCUCUACUGUCCAGAGGGAGAUCCAAGCUGUUGCUGCUUAUGAGGACAAACCCAGAGACCAGUGGCUGUUUGACUAUCCAGCACAGGUUGGUCUGACUGGCAGCCAGGUGUGGUGGGCAACAGACGUGGGUAUCGCCUUUGAGAGGGUGGAGGAGGGCUUUGAGACUGCCCUGAAGGACUACAACAGAAAGCAGAUCACCCAGCUGAACUCCCUGAUCCACAUGCUCCUGGGAGACCUGACUCCAGGUGACAGACAGAAGAUCAUGACAUUGUGCACCAUCGACGUGCACGCUCGCGACGUGGUCGCCAAACUCAUAGCACAGAAGGUGACAACGGGACAGGCGUUUGCAUGGCUGUCCCAGCUGCGCCAUCGUUGGGAUGACGUGACGAGACACUGUUACAUCAACAUCUGUGAUGCUCAGUUCCAGUUCUCAUAUGAGUACCUGGGCAAUACCAACAGACUGGUCAUCACUCCACUCACUGACAGGUGUUACAUCACUCUGACCCAGUCUCUCCACCUGACGAUGAGUGGCGCCCCCUCUGGUCCAGCAGGCACUGGGAAGACUGAAACCACCAAGGACCUGGGCCGCUCCUUAGGCAUCAUGGUCUAUGUAUUCAACUGCUCACAGAUGGACUACAAGUCCAUAGGGAACAUCUAUAAAGGCCUGGCCCAGACUGGUGUGUGGGGCUGUUUUGAUGAGUUCAACAGGAUCUCUGUGGAGGUGCUAUCUGUGGUGGCAGUACAGGUCAAAACCAUACAGGACGCCAUCAGGAACAAGAGACAGAGGUUCCAUUUCCUGGGUGAGGAGAUCGAGCUGAGGCCGACCGUAGGGAUUUUUAUCACUCUGAACCCAGGCUACGCUGGGAGAACUGAACUACCAGAGAACCUCAAGGCCUUGUUCAGGCCGUGUGCGAUGGUGAUUCCUGACUACGAGUUGAUCUGUGAGAUCAUGCUGGUUGCUGAGGGAUUCAUCGACGCUCGCCUGCUCGCACGCAAGUUCAUCAGCCUGUACACACUCUGCAAGGAGCUGCUCUCUAAGCAGGACCACUAUGACUGGGGCCUCAGGGCCAUCAAGUCAGUGCUGGUGGUGGCUGGAUCACUGAAGAGAGAAGACAGAAGCAGACCAGAAGAGCAGGUCCUGAUGCGAGCGUUGAGGGACUUUAACCUUCCCAAAAUAGUGACCAGUGACGUCCCUAUAUUCCUGGGUCUGAUCAGUGACCUGUUUCCCCAGCUGGAUGUCCCCAGGAAGAGAGACCCAGAGCUGGAGACGGCUGUACGACAGUCAGUCAGCGAACUACACCUGCAGCCGGAGGAAAACUUUAUACUCAAGGUGACUCAGUUGGAGGAGCUGCUGGCUGUCAGACACUCCGUGUUUGUAGUAGGGGGAGCUGGGACGGGGAAGAGCCAGAUUUUGAAGACCCUCCACAGAACGUAUGCUAAUCUGAGGAUGAAGCCUGUGUGGCACGACAUCAACCCUAAAGCUGUGACCACAGACGAACUGUUUGGCUAUCUACACCCUGCUACCAGAGAAUGGAAGGACGGCCUGUUCUCCUCCACUAUGAGGGAGCUGACACGACAGGUGGGCCAUGAUGGGCCCAAGUGGAUUGUUCUGGAUGGAGACAUAGAUCCCAUGUGGAUAGAAUCCCUCAACACUGUCAUGGAUGACAACAAGGUGUUAACCUUGGCCAGUAAUGAGCGUAUCAGUCUAUCUUCCUCCAUGCGUCUGCUUUUUGAGAUCAGCCAUUUGAGAGCGGCAACCCCAGCCACAGUCUCCCGCGCCGGGAUACUUUACGUCAAUCCACAAGACCUGGGCUGGAGCUCGUACGUGACAAGUUGGAUUGACACCAGGCUGGCCCAAUCAGAGCGAGCCAACUUGACCAUCCUGUUUGACAAGUACGUCCCCUACUGCCUGGAGCAGGUCCGCUGUAACCUCAAGACCAUCACUCCUAUACCUGAGAACAGCAUGGUGCAGACACUCUGUUCCUUGUUGGACUGCCUGCUGACAGAAGACAACACUCCUCCUGACUCUCCCAGGGAACUCUAUGAGAUCUACUUUGUCUUCGCCUGCGUCUGGGCCUUUGGAGGAGCUCUGUUCCAGGACCACUUGAUCGACUAUCGCGCCGAGUUCAGUCGCUGGUGGUCGAAGGAGAUGAGAGCGGUGAAGUUCCCCUCGCAGGGCACAGUGUUCGACUACUUCAUAGACUCCGACACUAAGAAGUUCAGUCCCUGGAUUGAGAGGACGCCCCGGUUUGAGCUGGAGCCUGAUGUCCCCUUACAGACGGUGCUAGUCCACUCGGCAGAGACCAUCUGUCUGACGUACUUCAUAGACCUGCUCCUGCAGAGAGGCAAGCCUGUGAUGUUGGUGGGGAACGCUGGAGUAGGGAAGACCAUCCUGGUCUCUGAUAAAGUAGCCAAGCUACAGGAGGACUACAUGGUGGCUAAAGUCCCCUUCAACUACUACACCACCUCGGCUAUGCUACAGCGUGUGUUAGAGAAGCCUCUAGAGAAGAAGGCAGGGCGUAACUAUGCUCCUCCUGGAACCAAGAAACUCAUCUACUUCAUAGAUGACCUGAACAUGCCUGAGGUGGAUGUGUAUGGUACUGUCCAGCCACACACACUCAUACGCCAGCACCUGGACUACAACCACUGGUACGACAGACAGAGGCUGGUGCUGAAAGAGAUUCAUAACUGUCAGUACAUCACCUGUAUGAACCCUACAGCAGGGAGCUUCUCAGUCAACCCCAGACUACAGAGGCAUUUCUCAGUGUUUGCGGUUCAUUUCCCUAGCACUGAGGCGCUAGCCACUAUCUUCACUAGCAUCCUGUCAGCCCAUUUCCUCCAGGGGGGGCUUCAGCUAUGGCGUCUCGCGCUCGGUAGGAACACUAAUACAGCCAUCUGUCUCCAUCAGAAGGUCAGUCAGAACUUCCUCCCCACGGCCAUACGCUUUCACUAUAUCUUCAACCUGAGGGACCUCUCCAACAUCUUCCAGGGUAUUCUGUUUGCCCUGCCAGAUUGUGUGCGUUACCCCAUAGACCUUGUCCAUCUGUGGCUCCAUGAGUCGUCCCGGGUUUACUCUGACAAACUGAUGGAGGAGAAGGAUGUGGAACUCUUCAACAAGAUUCUACUGGACACUGGCAAGAGAUACUUUGAGGGUAUAGAUGAGUCUAGUUUCAUCCACCAGCCCCUGGUGUACUGUCACUUUGCCCAUGGGGUGGGGGAGCCCAGGUACCACCAGGCAUCAGACUGGGAAAAGCUCCAGAAGACCCUGACUGAUGCUCUGGAACACUACAACGAGCUGCAUGCUGUCAUGAACCUGGUGCUCUUUGAGGAGGCAAUGCAGCAUGUGUGUCGUAUCAGUCGUAUCCUGGAGGCCCCCCAUGGUAAUGCUCUGCUGGUGGGGGUGGGAGGCAGUGGGAAGCAGAGUCUGUGUCGCCUCGCUGCCUUCCUCAGUACCCUGGAGGUGUUCCAGAUUACACUGAGGAAGGGCUACGGGAUACAUGACCUACGGAGUGAUAUUGCAGCGCUGUACAUCAAGGUGGGGGUGAAGAAUAUUGGGACAGUCUUCCUCCACACAGAUGCCCAGAUCCCAGACGAACGCUUCCUGGUCCUCAUCAACGACAUGCUGGCGUCAGGGGACAUCCCAGACCUGUUCAGUGAGGAGGAAGUGGAUAUGAUCGUGACGUCCAUCCGUAUGGAGCUAAGAGGACUGGGCCUGAUUGACAACAGAGACAACUGCUGGGCCUUCUUCAUCGAGAGGAUACGGAGGCAGCUCAAGGUGGUCCUGUGUUUUUCCCCGGUAGGGUUCACCCUGCGUACCCGUGCUCGUAAGUUCCCGGCCCUGGUCAACUGUACAGCCAUAGACUGGUUCCACUCCUGGCCUCAGCUGGCCCUUCAGUCUGUCAGCACCACCUUCAUAGAGAAGAUACCUGAUCUGGAGCCGGAUGUCCGUGCGUCCAUCAGUGAGUUUAUCUCCUACGCCCAUACCAGCGUUAACGAGGUGAGUGUGAAGUACCAGCAGAACGAGAAGCACUUCAACUACACCACUCCCAAGAGCUUCCUAGAGUUUAUGAAGCUGUACGGUAACCUACUGGGGAGAAAACGCAGAGAGCUCACUCAGAAGAUGGAGAGACUGGAGAACGGCCUGCAGAAACUACAGACCACGGCCUCACAGGUGGAGGAUCUUAAGGCUAAGUUAGCAGUCCAGGAAGUAGAGCUGUGGCAGCGGAACACAGACACAGAGGCUCUCAUCUCUAAGAUCGGCCAGCAGACAGACAAACUCAACCAGGAGAGGGCGGUGGCAGACGCGGAGGAACAGAGGGUAGGAACCAUCCAGGCUGAGGUGACCACACAGCAACAGCAGAGUGAAGAGGACCUGGCGAAGGCUGAACCUGCCUUACAGGCAGCUGACGCAGCCCUCAACACACUCAACAGG